AUGGAAACCCCUCGAGGAUACGGUAGUUCUCGCAAAGGAUCUCCAUUGACAAUACAAGAUUAUAAAGAUAGACUUGGACGCAUUGAAGGCGAAUUUAUGGAGUUACAAAUGAAAUUUAAAGCGCAAGAAUCAGAAAAUUCGGAAUUAAAGCAACGAUUACAAUUUAUAUCUCGUCAACAAAGUAUACAGGAUGAAAAUUCUGAAGAAAAUACUUCCAAUAAAAUGAAAAAUUUUCAAGACGAACUUCUCAAGCUUAAAAUGCGAAAUGAAGAAUUGGAACGUGAAAAUGGAGAAAUCAAGAUGCAAAUAAAUGCAAUUUCUCCAAAAAUUCGAGAAAAUACAAGUCCCAUUCCGAAUAAUUCUCAAAUUUCGAUAUCAUCAACCGGAGGAUAUCAAAAAGUUGAAGAGUUAGUCAUUCUUUUAGAGAAAGCUACAAAAGAAUGCGAUCAACUUAAUGAUAGAAUUAAAUCACUCGAGAAUGAUAAGAAACAUGACAUGGCAGAAAUUAAUGACUUGAAAAGAGCCUUAAAAAAGCAAGAAACUGAUAUACCAUCACUACAAAUCGAUCAGAUGGAUGGGAUUUUGAGAGAAAAUUCGGAAUUAAAGCAAAAAAUAAAGGAACUUCUUGAAGAAAACACAAAGGUUCAUAAAGAGAAUCUCGAAUUAAAAGAAAACCUAGAAAAUAUCAAAACAACAGAUAAUAAUGAAAAAGCGCGCCUAAAUGAUAGAAUUAGAUCUUUAGAAUCUAUGACUACUGAUCUUAAAAAUAAAUUGGACAAGAACAAUGCCGUAGUAAUUCAAAAACCAUGUAUUUCUGAUUCUGAAGCCCAAAUUCACGCCUUACAGAAGGAAAUCUCUAAUCUGCGUGAUAUCAAUGAUCAACAAAGUAUAGAAAUUCAAGAUAUGAAAGCCCAAAUUUCUCAAAUUGACUCAUUAGAAAAUGAAAUCAAGCUUAAAGAUGCAAGAAUUGACGAUUUAACAAAGAAAUUGGCACUUCCUCAAUUUCCAACAGAUAAAAACGAUCUUAGAUCUAUGGUAGAGCAACUAACAAAAGAAAAUGGAAAACUCAAAGCAGAACUUCGCGUAAAGAACUAUGCUAAUACAAGAUUAUCUCCACCAAUAAAGGAGAUAGACAACGAUGUCUUGCGAGAAAAAGCUGCAAAAUACGAUCACUUAAUCACUUUAUAUAAUGAAAUUACAAACCGUUAUAAUACAUUAUAUGAUAGAACAAAAGACUAUGAUGAUAAGACAGAAAUUAUCAUGCGACUUCAAAAGAGAGUCACACAAGCCGAGAUUGAUGAGCAAGAUUUCAAGCGAGCAUGCUUUGAAUACCAACAGCAAAUUUCAAUGCUUGAAAAGAAGCUCAGGGAGCUUUAUGCACUUUUAAGAUCCUAUAGCGUUAAGUAUGGAAUAGAAUUUGUCGAAGUUUCAGAUUAUGAUGAUUAUAUUGUUGAUAGGAACUCUCCUUCUUCUCCUACUCCUGAUCCAUUAACACAACAGAGGAUAUUAAAGCUUGAAAAUGACGUUAAAGAGCUACAAAACAAACUCAAAAUGGAAGAAGACAGCAAUAUUCAAUUAAAAGAAUUGAUGAAUUCGAAAGAAAUCGAAAUCAAAGGUUUAAGAGAAGAAAAUUCUCAGCUUCGGGAGAGUUUUAUAUUUAAUGGUCCAUCAACACCACCAAACCAUGAUAAAGUUGAUAACUCUUCUCAAAAGGCAGAAAUUGCUGAACUUAAGAAGAAGAUUAUUGCUAUUUACAGCCAAAGAGAUAAAGAUCGUGAUGAAAUUAUUAAGUUGAAGGAAGAAAACGAUAAUCUGGCAAAAAUUAACAGAAAACUCACAGCCGAAAACUUGGAUCUUAAUGCUGAAAAUCAAAGAUUACUUGAAGAAUUAAAUAAUUUGAAACCGAUGAACAAAGAUUCCGAUAUCAAAGAACAAACACAGGAAAUGGAAAAAUUCAUUGCUCCUUCAUUUAAUAAUGUAAACAAUAAACCAAUAAAUGGAACUGGAAGAAACGGAUCUGUUCCAUCUAAUGCAGCUGUUGGUGUGAGAGUUCAAAUAGAAAAAGCGCAAAAGAGUCAACAAGAGCUUGAAAGACUCAGAAUUCAAAUUCAACAAAGCGAGCAAACAGCAAAGCAAAGUUCAAACGAAAUUGGAAUGUUCAAGAAAUUAAUUGCAGAAAAGGAACAGACAAUUCUUAAACUAAAUGAUGAGCUGAUCAAACUUCGAAAUGAGAUUCUUCAGAGAGAAGAUAACUUGAAGAAAUUAAACGAUGAAUUCAUGAAAUAUAAACAAAAGUCUACAUUCGAAACGCAAUCAUUUGACAGUUUAUCACAAGACUUUAAUAAUAAAAUAAAGGACAGAGAUCAACAUAUUGAGCAAUGUAAUGAAGAGCUUCUAAGGAUCAAAUCAGAAUUGCAAGAUAGUCAAAAGACAAAUAAGAGCCUCAAUGACCAAAUUAAACAAUUGAAUGACUUAAUUUCUAAGUUAAAUGACAAACUCAAAUUGAAAGAUGAUGAGGAAACUAUUUCAAAUGAACUUGAAUCAAAACAGGAAGAAUUAAACGAAGCGUAUGCACAAAUUGAAAAACUAAAUGAUGUCAUUCGAAUGAAUGAAAAAGAUUUGAAUGAUGCAGAAACUCAAAUUGAAGAUCUACGUGGUAAAUUACUCAAUAUGACAAAUGAUACCAAAGAUUCUGAUGAAAGACACCAAUUAGAUAUUGAAUUAAAGGAUCAAAUUCUUGAAUUACAAAAAGAAAAUAUUAAACUCAAAGAAGAACUUUCCCAAGUUACAAGCUCGCCAUCUAAUGAUAAGAAGGCAAUAAUCGCCCUGAGAAAACAGGUUUCGGAAUUGCAAAGAAUGAUUGAUUCACAAAAUAAUACACCAAUUAAUCAAUCUAAAUUAUCUGAUUCUGACAUAUAUAGCUUGCAAAGAUUGAACAGAAGCUUAGAACGUAAAAACAUAGAUCUUGAGAAUCAGAUUUCGGAAUUGAAGCUUAGUUUGCAGAGAAAGCUAACUCUUAGCUCUAGUGUAUUAGAGUUAAAUGAUGUUGUUUUUAAGAAUGUGAAAAUCAUGCUUGAUCGUCUUUCAUCUGAGCAUAAAGAAUUAAUCAAUUCAUUCAAAGAUCAGAAUAUUGAUGAAAUUAGUAGUGACUCGGAUAUUUAA